AUGGAAGAUCCCCCUCUAACCCUAUCUCAAACGUCAAAGUUGGCUAGUGAGGUGUAUCGCCAUGUAGAUCCGUUAAACUUUUACGAAAAUUUCUUAAAAGAGGGGAUCAGACCAGAUGGAAGGAGGCUGUGUUCAUAUCGCAAGUUUACAGUGAAAAAUCUGCUAGAAUCUACCCAUAAUUUUAGCAGUUUAAAAUCGCAAUUACAACAUCAACCUCCCCUGGAUUCUACGAAAAACACACAAAAAGAAUGGGAGUUUAACACGAAUUUGUUAACCUGCAAUAGCAAAAAUGUUCUAUUGGCGUCAAUAUAUCUUAAUUGUGGCAAUUCCAGUUACCAUUGCAAAGUGACAGGAGAUUUAAUUAGCACACAGGUAAACAAUUGGGCGUUGAGUUUGAAUGAAUCGGAAAGGACAAUAAGCGUUGAUGUGAUUGUGCCGAAGCACGUCGUUAACGAAAUAUACGACCUCAACGGGCCCUGCAUUAACAUCUCACACCUAGUUUCAAAUUUGCUGGAAACUGUGCUGAAUUCAUCGCAAGUAAUACCCAAAGAACAAUUUCGGUACUACGAGUCGUAUAUUAAGUCACAGGAUGAGUCGUCAAAUAGAGAAGAAGUGAAAAAAGUUUAUAGCUAUUUUAAGAUGAAUCACCUGAGGUGGAAGUUGAACGUGGAAAUCAUGUGUGACGAAUAUGACGGAAAUUUGGUGGAUAUGUGCUUCCUGUGCUGUUCACACGCACUAAUGAAGUCGAAAAUACCAUUUGUACUAUUGUACCCGAACGAGAACACGUUUACUCCAGUACUAUUUAAUCAGUUGGACUUUGCCAAGUUGGUUGGCCUUAAUAAGGACCUAUUGCACCUACAAGCGAGUAAAUUUAAUGAUUCAGCUGAAGAUUUGAACACGUUGAUGAGGACUCUGGUGGAAGCUGGGCACAAUGCAGUAUCGUUUAACCACAUACCACUCACGUUUACCUUUUGUAAGAGUUUAAACUAUUUUUUAUUGGAUCCAACAAUGGAGGAUGAACAGACAGGUGUAAAUUAUACAAUAUACGCACUGAAAAGGUGGAAUGGUAGCAACCGCAAUGCAAGUCAGCACGAAUCACAAGCAGAUGUGCAGCUACAGCCGCUGAACCUGAUGGGACUGAGUGAAGUAAGUGAAGAAACACUGAACAAGCUCUACGAGGUUGUGUACUCGAUAUUGGGGUCAUUGUUUCAGUAA